GUUUGUCCGGCUGUCGAUGGAAAAUAAAUAACAGAAUUUGUUAAAAAAUAACAGAAGGAAGGAAAAUGAUAAUUUAGUUGUUAUUGGGGCGAUGAGGCGCAGGCCGCUGGUGCUCCGGGUUACGAAGUCGCCGGUCCUGUGUGUGCAGAAGUGCAGAGACGAGUCGGGGAUGGAGGAGGAGGGAACAGCAGGUCCGGAGUCCUCCCCGUCUUCAUCAAAAGGCCGGGAAGAUGGUGCUGAGGAGGAGGAGGAGGAGGAGGGAGAAGAGGGUUGCGGCCCUUCCGGUGAUGAUGGCAUCACGUCGGACGAGGAGUGGCAUCCCAGUGCUCGCGGAUCUGCGGCUGGUUUGACGAAGAGAGGGAAGACGGAGCGCGCGAGAGAAAAAGAGCUCGUCUCGGCAUGUUCCGAAGCGCAUCGUGCGAAAGAGGAAGAUCCGGGAUGCGGGAGCAAAUUCUACUGCGAGGAGUGCAAGUCCUUCUACGUGGACGAGUGUGAGACCCAUGGCCCUCCCUCCUUUAUCCCUGACUCUCCUGCCCCCCUGGGGGCACCUCAAAGGGCCCUUCUCACACUUCCUCCAGGCAUGAUGGUGUCACGGUCCAGCAUCCCCGAGGCUGGUCUGGGGGUAUUUAAUCAGGGGGAAACUGUUCCUGUGGGCACACAUUUUGGACCCUAUGAAGGGGAGGUGACAACCAGGGAGGAGGCCAUUGAGAGCAGCUACUCCUGGGUGGUCUGCAGGAAGAAGAACCAGUUUGAGUACAUUGACGCUAAACGGGACACUCACUCGAACUGGAUGAGGUAUGUGAAUUGUGCGCGUAGCGAAGAGGAGCAGAACCUGGUGGCGUUCCAGCACAGGGGGCGUGUCUUUUACCGCUGUCUCCGCCCCAUCCUACCAGGACAGGAACUGCUGCUGUGGCAUGAGGACGAUUAUGCCAAGGAGUUGGGCAUCACCUGGGACUACCUGUGGGACAAGAAGUGUAAUCCUGCAGAUAGGAGCACAAGAGCCUUCCCCUGUACUCAGUGCCGCUUCUCCUUCACGGCAGAACUCUAUCUUAACAAGCACAUUAAGCGUUCUCAUUCUCCGAUAGUGAAAAGUCGUCCGCGGAUUCGGACCGGAGAACAGCUGCACUGCUGCUCAGAGUGUGGUCAGAAUUUCACCCUGUCCUGCAACCUCAAACGGCACGAGCGAGUCAGUCACACUCGGGAAAGGCCUUUCUGCUGCAUUGAAUGCGGACAAAGUUUCAGUCAGCCCAUCGGCCUAAAAAGACAUCAGCAGAGUCACUUGAGAGAAAAGCCAUAUCUCUGCACUGAGUGUGGGAGGAGCUUCUGUUGGUCUGCUGGUCUUAAGAGGCAUCAGCAGAAUCACACAAAGGAGGGAUUCUACCUUUGUACUGACUGCGGAAAGAGCUUUAUUCAGUCAGGAGCUUUAAAGAGACACCAGCAGAUUCACUCGGGAGAGAGGCAGUACCUUUGCACUGAAUGUGGGAAGAGUUUCACUUGGUUGCACAGCCUUAGACAACAUCAGCGAAUUCACACUGGAGAGAAGCCAUACUGCUGCACCCAGUGCGGCAAGAGUUUUGUUCUGUCGGAACAGCUAAAGGUUCACAUACGAACUCACACUGGGGAGAAACCAUUUCUCUGCACGGAAUGCGGGGAGAGUUUUCGGCAGUCUGGAGAUUUAAAGCGUCACGAGCGGAAACACACCGGAUUCAGACCGUGCCACUGCAGCGAGUGCGGAAGGAGCUUCAGCCGUCCUCAGAGCCUUAAAGCUCAUCAGUUACUUCACAAAGGGGAAAGACCAUACCACUGCUCCCAGUGUGAUAAGAGCUUCUCUCGGAAUGGGCACCUGAGGAGACACCACCAAAAAAUGCAUUCGUGAGAAGGUUUAAAAGCUCUCUCAACUGUAUUUGUGUAAAUGUACCAUUUUCAGAUUUAAGGGCAUUUUUAUGAAUUUAACAGCUGCGUAAGAAUGCUACCCUAAGCACAGGAUGGACUUAUUGUGUCCUAUACAAUGAUUCUUCAUAGACUUUUCUAUGUAAUUAAUCUGCCUUAAUGAUCAUGAGCACCUCCCUCUUAUUAAAAUAUCAAGCAGCAGAAACAAACACGCUGCCUGAAACCGCUUGUCCCGAGUUGGGUCGCGGUGAGCCGGAGCCU